UCUCGCCAUUACCCCAUUAGCCCUCGAAAAAAUUCGACAGAAAUAAACGUGUUUGAUGCAUCUGCGUAAAUCUUUGUCGUACCCUCAAUGGGCGAAACUUGGAAAUAUAAAAGAAUUCACCACCGUCGGGAAGGACACUGUAGCAGUGGGAUGUGGUUGCCACAUACUGUUUUACUCCCUGGAUGGGAAUUUGGAGAGUGUGUACAUUGCCAACAGCAAGCAGCGGGGCGACGGCGUGCAGUGUGUCACAGGCCACAGGACUGCCCCCAUCUUUGCCUUGGCAGAAAAAUGUAUCAACCCUCGCAUUCUAGUUUUUUCGCACCCCACUGUGGAGGGGCCAGUGUCAAUAUUACGAGGUGGCACAUCAGGAACUUACCUUGCAAUGGUUUUUUCUGAAAUGGAAUUUUUGAUAACACUCAGUGGAGUUCCAGACUUCACAAUGAUUGUGUGGUGUUGGAGAACAGGAGUUCAAUUAGCUUGUAAAGAGACUGGAAUUUUUAGCCCUGAUCAGUAUCUCAGUUGCAGCUGGUGCUCUCCUACAGUUGUGAGUCAUGUGGUCAAGGGUGAAAGCCGUCUGCAGCUUUGGGAUAUUAAUGUAUGUGCCAAGCUUUGCUGUUUGAACAGUCAAGAGGUGAAACUUCCAGAUAAAGUUGUUCCUGUUGAUGUCUCCUUCACAAAUGAUGGGGCAUUAUUUUUUGUUGAUACUCUUGGGGAUGUUUAUGAGGUUGAUUUUGAAGAAUUUGCUGCUGUUAGACGGAUUUGCUCAGCUGCCCAACCCGAAAAUCAAUCGCUGUUAGAAGAAGAUGAAACUAGGGGUUUGAAUGGACUAGCAGAAAAGACUUGUGAUGGCUUUGUUGAUCCAUGUAUGACAAUGAGCAAAGCAGGAGCUCUUAUUUUUGGCCCAUCACCUUCAAUAAGGCUGCAUAAGCGCUUUGGAGACUGGUCUCUGGCAUGGACAGUUGACUGCCCAUCUCCUCUGUACCGACUUGUUUAUCUCCCAGAACCAGAUGCAAUUCUAGCAUGGACCAUAAAGGGUGAGCUUGUAAUGAUAGAUGUUGGUAAGAACCCCAAAGUUACUCUUCUGAAGUACUAUGGAACCAACAACAUAGACAUGGAACUUAUUUACCCUGAUGGAAACACAAUUGUAUCUGUGAACACAAAUGAUGAACUUCAAGUGUGGGACAAAGAAAAUGGACGCUUGAUGGGUGUUUUUGACAUCCAUGAAGCUGCUGAACAAAGCUUGCGUCCUGCUGCUAACUUCAUUAGUAUGAAAGCCAACCCUCACUAUCCUUAUGUUGGACUUGCUAUGAGUGAUGGUUUGUUGAUACUUGUCAGUAUUUUAUACCCCUCAUCACCAUCAACGCUUGCAAAAUUUUUAUUGUGCGAAGAGGAGAUAUCAUCAGUGUGUUUUGCACCAGCUGGUGAUGUGUUGGUUGCCUUUACUGCAAAGACAGGUCAAUUUUUCCUUAUCCAGGGCGUUCCAGGCCAGGAGAUGCAAAUUGUUUCUCACUUGGUGCUCAAUCUUCCUGUCGUAGACUGUAUUUUGUUGCCUGACGAACAACCAGUUCUAGCCAUUUUAUUUGCAAGUGAAAUAAAUAAUUCUAUUGGUAAUGUUAUCGCUUUAUACACUCUGGAGGCUGAUGGACUUCAUCUGGACAGUGAGUCACAAAUGGAGCACUUCUACACAAGGCUUGUAGUGAAUGCCAGUAGUAUGAACAUUUGUUUUGGCUCUGUGCAUUGCUCAAGGAACAUUCACUUAUUGGAGGUGAAGAGAAAGGUAGGAGUCACCCUGAAGGGUAUUGAAUUGACAGGACACCAACUUCGAUCAGUGUACAUUUCUGGAAGAAUUGAGUAUGGACUAUUAACAUAUGGAAUGGAUGGCAUAGUUAUUGCAAGACCCAUGGGCUCCAAGCAACAAUUCUACAUAGUCCUGCCUCAUCAUCGUUCAGACUUUGGGACCCUUAAAGCUUUCCAGGAUCCUAAAGGGGAGUUUGUCAUAUCAUUGGGCAAGGAUAAAUCUCUGAUUUGUUCAAAACUUAAACGGACAGCUAAGUAUACACCAGGAUCCACAGACCCAAGCCCAGAGAUGGUAGAAAAAUUUCAAGAACCAACCAUUGGAUUUUUCCCUGAAGGUGAGUACGCUGGUUUGACUUGGCUACAGUACAGAGAAAAAUUACGCAUAGCUCAGGAGGAGCGACAAUACGCUGCGGAAAGGGCAAAAAUCAUGGAGGAGUUCCAAGACCUUCAGAGGAAGGUGGUAGAAAUGCUUGAUGCUAAUCAAAAUGCAUCACCAGAAGAACAGCUCCCUAUCUCUGCAUUUGAUCUUGACAAGGAUGCCCGAGAAUCGGCCAUGGAAGAAGGGCGUCAAGCCAGGGAAAGGCUGAAGGCUUAUACCACAGCCAAAAUCACUGUCUUGGAAGAGAAGAGUGCUCUUAUUAGGGAACACUGUUGGGAUCCAGUAACUGUAAAACCAACUAGCAUAGAGUCAUUACAACAUAACUAUAGGGUAGACAAUUAUGCAUUGCUACCCGAAAGCCAAGAAGAGCAACAGGCUCUAGAAAUGGUUGUGGAAAUAAGAAAAAUGGAGAUGAAGGCCUCAGCUAUGGACUCAUUUCAUCCAUGGGUAUCAAAAACAGACAGUGAGAUGGCCAUGCAGUUAAUGUCCAAUCCAGCUUCUAUUAUCAUUUCUGAUGAAACCACUCGCCUGAAGCAAGCACUAGUAGAAGAACAGGGUUCCACUCCUGGAGACUCGGUUGAGCAAGAAGAAAGAGAGUCGGAAUUUGUUAUGUGCGGUUCAUCAAUUUACAACUUUAUUCAGCCUUCACCAUACCAUAUUUCUCAGUUUGAACUGAACACCUAUUUGCAAACAGCACACUCCAUUGUUCUCCUACAGAAAGAUGUGAGGAGCCUGCAGGAAUGCUUCAAUGACAAAUUUGCCAUGACAUAUCAGGCUAAACAAAAAGAAAUGAAUACCAUCAAGCAGCUGCAUCAGAACUUGAGACAUAUUUUCAAAGAGCUUUGGCUUGCAUGUUCUGUGGAGCAUUCCGAUCCUGAUCCAAUUGACCCAGACUGGACCCAGUUUGAAAAGCCAGAAAUGAUGUUGACUGUUGAAGACAAGGAAGUGGGUAUAGAGCCCUAUAUUUCUCCCAGUGAGCAAGCACUAAGACAGCAGCAGGCAGAAGAAGAGGAGAGAAUUCGCCUUUUGCUACUUGCUGACAAUUUCCGAGAACUAGCUUUGAUAAAAAUGAUGGAUGGUGUUCUAGAAAUAAGACUGGAAGAUGAGUUGAAGAAAGACAUACCGAAGCCUAAAUGUAUGAUUGAAAAAAAUCCUGAAAAUUUCACUGAAGAUGAUUUACGUGAAGUGAAAGCUUAUGAGAACUUAGUAGUAUGUCGAAUGAAUGAACGGCAGCAGUACCAAAACAGACUGAUAUCAGAUUACAGAAGAGUGAAACGUUCUCUUAAGGAUAGACUUAAGGUAUUUGAAGAUAAAUUGUUGGACUUAUUUAAUAUGAAGUUGCGGGUGGAAGCUAGCUGUACUCAACAAACAUUGCGAAUAUUGAGGUCCCGCUUGUUAAAUCCUAAGCGUAAUGUUCUAGCCCAAAAGGAAGAUGCUGCCAGAAAUGCUAUAAUGGCAAAUCAGAAGGCCUUGGCAGAUGAGCAACUUCUAGUGGCACAGCUUCAAGAAGCUACUGCAGAUUGCCGCGCCGCGUUCGACGCCCAAACCGCCAAAGACAAGGGACUGGACUUGAAAUUCAAAAAAGAACUACCAGAGCUAUCACCUAUGAUGGCAGAAGCCGCAUUUCGCCUUUACAGGAAGCGGCCAAAAAUCCAACUUAAAGCCCUGGUCUCAGCCACCCUGCUGAAUGAGGUGGGAAGAUGUGCAGUGGCCGGGAAGAAACCUUCUUACUUGCCUCCAGAGUGUUUGGAAGUCCUAAAAGGUAUCGACUUUUUGGACAGUGCUUCAAACGCCCCACCUAACAUGAACCCAGACACUUGGGCAAAUGUCUGCCGCCUCCGCAGGCAGAGAAUAGAGAGUGAAUGGAAGAUUAAAGCUCUUGCAUUCCAAAUAGCAGAGGCGGAAAAUACUGUCAGCAUAUUCCAGAAAAGUGUCAAGGCGUUAAAAGAGCGUGACAAAGAGCUCCAAGCCAAUUUAAGAUCUGUACAAGAGGAGCAGUUACUAUUUGAACAUGAUGUUGAGAUACAAUUAGCCAUCAAGCAAGGACUAGUCGAAAUCCCAACAACAGGUUCACUGAGUGAUUAUGAUAAUGCAAUCCUCAUAAACCGCAAGGACGUUGCUUAUGUGAACCAAAUAAUUCAGGUUAACUUUCCCUCACACACUUGUACUUUUAGAUUAGAUUACUUUAAGGGCAGUAAUGUACAUUCACUGAAACAAUCCUUUCAGGAAGCUGGCCACGAGAAAUUAAGAGCUAUGAGAGCUGCUUGUAAAUUUAGGAGAAGUAUUGUCUUUCAAGAAUGGGAGCACCAGAAAGUCAGAAUGCAUAUUGAGGACAAGGAGGAUGAAUUGAAAACUAUUGAAUCAGUCAAGGUCAUUAAAGAGCUGCAAGAGUGGCUUCAUAAGAGACAGAAAGAAAGUCUGCCAGGAAGAGGAGUUCUGACACUUGACAAAGAAAUGUCUCGGAUUAGAGCAGGGUUUGAAAGAUACAUAAAAUUACUUGGUGAGGUGGUGACAAACUAUGACAAAAAAAUAGCCAGCAAAAACAGGUCCAACCGUCAAGUUGACAAAGCCAUUACGGAUAUGAAUGUAGAGGUAAAUGAACUCCAGUUUGGAAGAGACCUGGACCAAGAAAAGAGCAGAAGGGAAAGCCAACGCAAGAGGAUGGAUGUGGUACUGUUGCGUACAAAGUUAAUAAGAACUGUGCUGGACAUCCACAAAGAUAUUUUACUGCUGGAGUCAGAGUUGGACAGCCUGAAACUGCGCACCUACCCCAUACUAGAAAAUGCGCACCGCAGAGUGCGAAUGUGACAAGGAGUCGGAAUAAGUUUAUAAGAUUAUUGGAUUUUAGAAAUAAAUUUUUUAUUCACCACCACAAUGAACAGCUUACUUAAUUUACGAUGUUUCCAUGGCAGUGGAUUCUUCGGAAUAUUUGCCCUUGUCCUUGCCCAGGGCAGCAAGACGGCCCUUCGAUCUCCUCUCCAG